AUGCUUCCCGAAACGCAGGCCAUAGAAGGACUCAACUGGAAUCGUCUAGUACUUCAAGCGUCGUUUAUGAACUCCCUCAACUUAAAGACUCUACCUUUCUGGUUCUGUUCUCGCGCAAUCCCUUCAGAAAGGCUUCUGUUCCGUGCUGGGGAACAUCUGCGCGAUUUUUCAUCUGGCGGGUCUCAUUAA